CUGUGGCGGCCCAAGAUGGCGGCUGAGGUGGAUUUCGGGGACCGCGAGCUCUUCGGGCAGCUGGAGGGCGAGGACGAGUCGCCCUCACCGCCCGCCCUGGACGUGCCCGUGGCUCUGCUCCAGCUCUACGAGCGGCUGCGGGACCGUGAUGAGACGGUGCAUCGGCUGCGGGCGGAGAAUCGGGAACUUAAAAGGAAGCUGAAUAUUCUGACUUGUCCCAGCGGAAUCUCAGUGGAAAACUCCAAAGUUGAUGGGCCUCUCUUGCAGAUUUUAUUUAUGAACAAUGUCAUUUCUAAGCGGUACCGCCAGGAAAUUGAAGAUUUUGUUUUUAGCUUAGUUCAGAGAUAUGAGGAGCAGAAGAAAUGUGAGCAAGAAAAAAAACACCUGAACGCUAAACCCCAGCCCUCCAGUGUUGUUUUGGAAGAGGACUAUAAAACAGCCAGCUCAUCUUCUGCUAAAAAAAUGAAAGAGGCUUUUAGUGUUGUAGGAAGUGUUGUGUAUUUUACCAAUUUUUGUCUCGAUAAACUGGGACAGCCCAUAUUAAAUGAGAAUCCACAGCUGACAGAAGGAUGGGAAAUCCCAAAAUAUCAGCAAGUUUUCAGCCAGAUUCUCUCCCUAGAUGGACAAGAAAUACAAGUAAAACCCAAAAGCAGGCCCAAACCUCAUUGUUUCAACUGUGGUUCUGAAGACCAUCAAAUGAAAGACUGUCCACAGCCACGAAAUGCAGCUCGGAUAAGUGAAAAGAGAAAGGAGUUUUUGGAAGCCUGUGGGGACACGAGCAAUCAGAACUUUCAGCAGCGUUACCACGAGGAAGAAGUAGAAGAGAGGUUUGGAAAAUUUAAGCCAGGAGUGAUCAGUGUGGUCCUCCAGGAUGCACUCGGUGUCACCGACAGGAGCCUCCCUCCCUUCAUCUACCGCAUGCGCCAGCUGGGGUAUCCCCCGGGCUGGCUCAAGGAGGCCGAGAUGGAGCACUCAGGACUUGCUCUUUAUGAUGGAAAAGGUGAUGGUGAUGGAGAAGAUGAAGAGUCUCCUCAACACAAAGGUAUCACUUACGAUGUCUCCAAGUUGGUAAAUUAUCCAGGCUUUAAUAUAUCCACUCCCAGUGGCAUCCCAGAUGAGUGGCAGAUCUUUGGUUCCAUCCCCAUGCAGCCCUCUCAGCAGAAGGAUGUUUUUGCUCAGUACCUUUCUAAUUUGCAGGCGCUCAGUCGAAAAUCCAGCAAUAAAAGGGCUGCACCUCAGUCAAAGUCUCGUCAUUCAAAACGACAGAGAGAAGACAGUUUGGAGGUAGCAGCAGCUGACAUGGACCUGGACUCUGAUCUGGAAGCGGCACAGAGAUCCCAAACUCCCAACAGUUUUCAGUUCCAACCCCCUCUGCCACCUGGAUCUCCAUCCAUGUCCACCCCUCCUCCCAUACCCCUAGGAACACCCCCCCUCACCCCCCCUCAGCCCUCAACACCCACCCGCUCCCCUGUGCCCAGGACUGCUCCACUGAACCCUUCCAGUGAUAUUCCUCAGCCAAAAAUAGUGGACUCUGUCAUGGAUGAGGACACCCUGACCUUGGAGGAGCUGGAGGAACAGCAGAGGUUGAUCUGGGCAGCUCUGGAGCAGGCAGAGAGCACCAACAGUGACUCUGAUAUCCCUGUGGACACACCUAUAACUGGGAAUUCCGUUACAUCCUCACCAUCCAGGAAUGAGGUGGAUCUCAUUGCAGAAGGCAGGUCACCAGAGAAGGUGAUCCCAGCAGAAACUGGGUUUUCUGACAUGAGUGACCAGACACCAGAAAAUGAACAUUCUAUAACUAGUCCUAAUCCAGGAUACACUUUACUUGUCUUAAAGGAAGAUCCUGAUAAAGCGGUUUCUGAAGGCGUGCUGGAUAACACCAUUCCUGCUCCCAGCCCCAAGGUGGAUGAUGGGGAAAAUACAGGAGAGAAUAAAGUGGCCACAAGCACUGAAUCACCUGCAAAAAAAUAUAGUCUUGUUCCUGACAUGAGCAAGUUUGCAGAAGGCAAGUCACCUGAGAAGGUGAUCCAAGUAAAAACUGAGUUUUCUGACAUGGGUGACCAGACACCAGAAAAUGAACAUUCUCUAACUAGUCCUAAUCCAGGAGACACUUUACUUAACACAGAGGAAGAUCCCGAUAAUGCGUUUUCUGAAGGCGUGCUGGAUAACACCAUUCCUGCUCCCAACCCUGAGGUGGAUGAUGGGGAAAAUACAGGAGGGAAUAAAGUGGCCACAAGCACUGAAUCACCUGCAAAAAAAUACAGUCUUGUUCCUGACAUGAGCAAGUUUGCAGAAGGCAUAACACCGUUUGAGUUUGAAAACAUGGCAGAGUCCACAGGGGUUUAUCUACGGAUAAGGAGCGUGUUAAAAAACUCCCCAAGAAACCAGCAAAAGAAAAAGACUUAAACCUUAACUGGUCUUCCUUUGUUUUCUUAUGUCCAAAUCCCAGCUUCCUUCUGUUUCCUCCUCCAGUUUUGCAAACUCAGAUGACCUUCCUCAUCCUCUGGUGGGAAAAUCUUGACAAAUACAUUUCUGCCCCGUUCUUCCUUGGAAUUGAAGUCAGUGCAGAGCUUCCACAUUGACCAGGACCACCAAUGCAGCCAGAAAAUGUAGAAUUUUCCCAAAUUCCACUAAGGAAUAACAGGACUGCUGAUUUGUUAAGAGCAUUUUACUUGCCAAUACUCAACACUCUAAAAAGAGGAGUUUGUGGUUUGGUGUUCAUUACUUUGGCUAAGAUUUAUAUUGUCCUUGAGUUUCAGGUGGAUUGGUGAUUUUUUUAAUAUCUGUCCUUUGUACAAUAAUCUACAUUUUAUACAUUUUGCUAAUUAUCCUGUAGAUAAGUUUAAUAUAUUCAGAAUGUUUUUAAAAAGGUCUAAUGUUAAGAUUUCCCACAUCAGAGUCCUGGCAACUGGAUGAAGAUAAUGGGGGAUUACAGUGCUAUUUUCACCGGUUCAAGUAUUUUUAUAAAUUAUUUAUGUGGGUCUGUUUUAAUUAUCACUGUACUUUUUGUACCAUCAUCCUUCAUGUAAACUUGCUGUACAUACAUGUUCAUGGUUGUGUACAGAGGUUUAAUAAAUGGGCUUUUAGGUAAAGAGCUUUUAA